UGGUCACUGUGCGCCUAGCAUAACAAUUCGGAAGAGGGAAGAAAUAACAGUGAAAUAUUAUAAGAAGGAAUACAUUCACAUCGAUAAAAACUCCUGGUUAUUACUCCUCCACUGCCAUGUCGUGAAAGACGGGGGGGUGUGAACCCUUGAUCCUGAGGCGACCAGACUGUGAUUUAAACCAGAGGAGGAGGAGACAGACAGACAUGCACCCGUACGGCUGUGAGGCAGAGACAUCCCUUCAGGAGCUGUUUGAUUUCUUCACUCGGUGUCUGCAGAAUGGCGAGUGGGAGCUGGCUGAAGCCUGCGUGUCUCAGCUGUGUGACGCUGGAGGAGAGGUGUCACAACGGCUACGGGACAUCGUCAAGGCCAUCAUCACCUACCCUUACCUGCUAGAAUGGGAGAGUGUGGGCAGCCCUCACAAACUGGCCUGGCUUUGGCUUCAAGUCCUGGAGAAAUGGACCAAAGAAGAGGUUUCUGUUUCAGUCAGGAGAGAACUAGAGUUCCUACUGCUUCUAGAGGAGCUGGGAGACGAGGUGCCAGAGACCACGCUCAAGGAGCUCCACCAGGCCUUCCUGACCACCCAGUCGGAGGAGAGAAAGGGACCAGGGGUUCCAAGGGUAUCACCAGGGACGGGCGAUGCUCAGAGUCCAGGGAUAGAGACCUGUCUCGAAGCCUUGUUGGACCAGAAGAGACCCAGAGUGGCCCAGGCUCUGGUUAGCUUCCUGGAGGACCACCCCAGGAGUGUUAAUACAGGGAACCACAUCCUACAGGACACAUUCAUCAGUUACCUGAUGGAGAGAGUGGAGCAUCUUGGUCCAGGCUCAGAGAAGAUGGAGGGCUGGGCGGAGGAGAUGUGUGUGGUCCUAGCCCUGAUGCCCCUGAGGUCGGAGCGAGGUGGAGGAGGCGGGGGCCAGCUGGAGGCCCUGUGUGAGGCCCUGUGGAGGGCCAGAGACGGGCCCCUGAGAGAGGAGAGGGUCCUGAGCUCCCUGCUACGGCCCCACUGCCACACCUUGCUCUCCCACUACUGCUCCACAGCCCUCAGGCUGCACAGAGACCGACUACUGAGAGAGACUCCCAGCACCCAGGUGGAUCUUCCUGAAGCGGAGAAGUUACUGCUGGGCUUGUGUUGCCACGGGGACCGGCCUUCCGUCUGGAAAACCAUUUACUUUGAGUGUCUUAGCAGCGGCAAGCACUUCCUUGAACAGGUCCUGGUGACUGCUCUGGACCUGGUGAAGAGGGAGGAGUUCUGUAGGCUAGAGGACCUGCUGAAGGGGGAGUUCCAGCCUCUGUCUCGCCUCCUGCUCCUCCUGGGGUGGACCCAGUGCCAAAGCCUGCUCUCAGCUCAGACCCUGCUACGCCUCUUACACCAUGACCAGGCGCUGGCCAACGACUCAGUUCUGAGAGAGUUUGCCAACGGUCUGUCUUCUCAGUUGAGAGUGUUGGAGUGGUGUGUUGAGAGCAACCCAGGGAUCCCCAAGGACGCGUUGCUUGGCCAGCUGCACACACUGGACAAUCACUCAGCCCUGUACGUCCUUCACUGUCUCACCCCUCUGGCCCAGAAUGAGGAACACAUGGUACUGGACCUGCUGAAUACACAGCCCAAACCCACCGGAGCAGAUGAGCUCGGUGUGGUGGUAGACGGCCCCAGUCCUAUGGUCCAGAGGAACCUGGUUCUGUACAGGGGGUUCUGCGCUAUGAAGUACGCCCUGUACGCCAUGUGUAUCACCGCUCACAAGUACAGUGGCUGCUCCGACUGUGGCACCACGCAGUGCACACACCAGCACCAGGCCACACCUGAGCACCAGGCCACACCUGAGGCUGAGAAGGACCAGAGCCAAGCCUCAACCCAGCUCCAAGACUGUCCUCCCCUAUUCCAGCUCUACCUGUCUGAGUGUCAGAUCUACCUGGAGGCAGUACCUGCUAUGUUCCGCCUGGAACUACUGGAGAACAUCUUCUCCCUGCUCUUCCUGUCCAAUGCUGAUUUUACCUUCCACAACCAUCAGGGGGAGACGACGAGCACAGGCCAGACAGAACACGCCGAAGAGAAAGAAGGGAAGAGAAGAAAAGGACAACAGGAAGGGAAGAAGAGAGUAGAAGGACGGGAGGAGAACGAAAGCUCAAGCAAAACCGAAGUAGGUGGAAGAGGAGAAGCGGAUCAAAGCAAAAUGUCAAGAGAGAAUCACCACCAACCCCUCAACUUCCCCUUCUCAGCGUCCCAACAGAGUCACCUUGAUCUGGGCCACUUGACGGCAGGCUGCAGGGGCUUCCUAGUGGACCUCGGAGCCAUGCAGGGGUUCCUGCGGCUGCUGAGAGAGAGUCUGGAAGGGGUGGUGGUAGUGGGUCAACGGUCGGGGCAGGAGGAGGGCAGGGCUCUGGCGGGGGAGGCAGAGGCGGCAGAGAGUCUGGGCUGCUCUGUGACGGCAGAGACUUUCGGGGCUCGGCUACAGAGACUGUCCAAGAGGACAGCAGAAGCCCAGUGGAGACUACAGAUUAUCGCUUCUAACCAGGACAGCGGCAACGUCUCAGACCCCCCCACCCAGCUCCAGGUGUCUCCAGCAGCCCGUCCUGCCUCCUGUCUAAAAGGAAGAGCCAGCCGUACUGGGGUCAGGAGGAGGAAAAGGCCUAGACGACAACACUCUGACAUACAACCCUCCACAGAGAUACACAACGGAGAGGUCAGCGGCAGCCCCUCAGAUGGAAGUGGAGGAGCCGGGCGGUCGGAGUGGGAGGUGUGUCCCUGUGGAAGUAUGGGUAGCUGGGUAGUUCCAGCCAUGCUGGCUCCACCUGAGUCCCUGCUCAUGGCCUGCAUCCGCCGGGGAAACUACAUGGAAGCACACCAGGUGUCUCUGAUGUUUGGCCUGGAGGGGUCAUGGUGCUUCGGGGAGCUGGUCUUCAUGGAGCGUUACCGGGAAGUCCUGGAGGAGCUGGGUCGCGUGGAGCAGAAGAUGGAGACCCACUCCUUAUCUUCAUCCUCCUCUUCCUCAGAGGGCCUGGGAGCGACCGCCGUGGCGCCCGCCCCGGGGCGUAGUCGGCUGGGAAGUAGUGGGCGCUCCACCCUGCAGGCCAUCGGGAGUGCAGCUGCUGCCGGCAUGGCAUUCUAUUCCGUCUCUGACGUGGCAGACCGUCUCCUUUCCACCCCUGGUCGCCCCGUUCCGUCUCUGGAGGAGGGCUACUGGCUGGGCCGCUGUGUCCUGGACCCCCCAGGGACAGGCCUCCUGCACACCCUCCUGGAGGAGCUCAGCCCCCCUGCCAUGGCUGCCUUCGACCUGGCCUGCUGUCACUGCCAGCUGUGGAAGACCUCUAGACAGCUACUGGACACGGCGGAGAGACGGCUACACAGCAGCCUGGAGGGAAGAGGACUGAGGGUGGAACCCAAUGUGAAACACGCUGAGGGUAUCCGAGGGUUUCCUGGGGUGCUCCAACAGAUGGGCCAGAUCCUCAGUCACACAGCCAGUCAUAGUGGCAACAACAAGGGCCCCGCCAAGACAGAAUCCAUUGUGGAGGACCACGUUGUGGCCAGUCCUUUAGGCUGCUGCAUACAGGAAGUGUUGCUGUGCUGCCACCCUGUGCUGAGUGAGGAGGGCAUCGCUACCCGACUGAGCCUAGCACAGCACCUAGAGAUCACCCUGCAGACCCUGUCCACCGCUACAGAAACCACAGUGGAGAGUCCUGUUGCUGGUGCACUCCUAACAGCCCUGGUAGAGCAGGCCAGUCUGAAACCGUCGGAGUUGGAAUCCCACCCGGUCCGUUCCUCCAUGAAGCAGUUGCUGCGUUCCGUGGACCAGCUGUGUCCCACCGAGCCCCAGGGCGCCCCCUGCAGGCCAGACUACAUGAGGAGCUUCGUAGACUACGUCAACACGCUGGCUUCAGUGUUAAUACGCAGCCUGGGAUGUGAAGACCAAAGCAGUGAAGUGAAGUUGGGCAACCCUCUCCUGGUACUCCUCCAGGCCCCAUCUCAGCUGCUCUCUCACCUGCUGUUUGAUAGACAGGUGUCUCCUGACAGAGUUUUGUCUCUGUUGCAGCAGGAGGGUCUGCGUCUGAGUGUCCAGCAGGUGAUUGUGCAGCGCUGCUGUGAGGCUCUACCUUUGUGGGACUGGUGCCCCGAACCAGAGAGGGAAGCUAGCCCCAGGAGAGAGGCUGGUUCCGGGGGAGAGGCUGGUUCUGGGGGAGAGGGUGGGCAGGGGCAAGGACAGACCGGACCAGAGGAAGGGGUGUUUAGGACUGCCAGCCUGGCAGCUCUGCUACAGCUACAGACCCAGGAACACAUGUCAAUGCUGGGCAUCACUGAGCCUCAGUCCUAUUCCCCCAGCUCUGAAUCUGAAGGCUCGCCCUCGCUGGAGGAUCUCCGAGCAACUACACCUCCCAUCCUCAUCUUGUCCUCUUCUCUUUCACCUUCACGACCAACCUCCUCUUCCUCUUUUCUCCUCACACCAUCAGCCCUGUCCUUCCUCAAAUCCCGCUCCCCUCUCCUGGCCACCCUUGCGUGUCUAAGUGUCAGUCCAAGAGGUGCUGCCCGGGUACAGCCGUCCGGUUGGCUGGUGUUCCGGGGCGGGGGGCGUAAAGAGUGCGUGCUGGACGGGGAGCAGAUCUCUAGGGAGGGGGAAAAUCUGCUUAGAGACUUCCCCAUCCUGAGGGCCUACCUUGGGGCCAUGGUUCAGCCUGUCCUGGGUACUUCGCUGGGGGCUGGGGAGGAUGGAGCCGGUGGUGGAGAUGGUGGAGGUCUUGGGGCAGCCCUCUGUGGUAAACCCCUGGUGGUUUUGCUCCUGUCGGGCCCUCAGGGGACAUCUGCCCAGGCUGUGGCUAUGGAAGCCUUCCAGCAGGCCCUGGCCUCUCGGGACCUGUGCAGGGCUCUGAGCCUGCUAGAGCUGUAUGGACAGGGCUGCAGCCAGGAGAGGGGGCUCCGAGACAGGCUACUGGCCUGGGCUGCUCUGGAGGAUGGUGAAGACAGCAUAGGCCAGUUGUUCAGAGUACAGGACCCGUGUCUGAGGGCCCGUGUGGCCUUACAGGCCUUGGAGCGCUGGCCCCUCGGGCCCUCUCUGGAGCUACUGGAGUUCUGCCUCAAUAACCCCCAUGUGGAGACCUCUCUCAAGGGGGAGCUGGAGCACAGGAAGACGGAGCUGGACAUCUAUCAACGGAUGUUGAACCUGGAGCCUUCGUUGCCGUGGGCCACCUGGCAGGAGCUGAGGACAGAGUCCAGGAGAGAUCCCGAGUCCAUGUUUUCUAGGAUGUUGGAAGCCAGGGAGUUUUUUCUGUGUGCCCAGUGGAUGGCGCUGUUCUCGGUCUCAGACCACCUCAGAUUACAGCUGCAGACGGAACACCUGCUACACCUGCUGGAGAAAGGACAGACUGACAACGCUUUCCAGCUGCUGGCGGGCCUAUCAGACUUAACCUUGGGUCUGGAGGUGUGUGAACGCGCUCUGGACCGCCGGCCCGGAUUGGCUGCCUGCCACUUCCUGGCUAACUACCUCACUCUGCACUUCCAGAGCCAAGUGUCCCCAGCCCGCCGCCGCCACAUCCAGGACCUUCACCUGGGAUCCAAGGUCCUCCUCACCCUCCCCCCCAACGCCAGACAGGACUACUUUCCCCUCCUCUCUGAGCCACUAUUAAUGCUGGAACAGCUCCUGAUGAACCUGAAGGUGGACUGGGCUGAAGUGGCGGUGAGGACGUUACAGAACCUACUAUUAGGCCGGGAGGAUGGCUUCACCACCCAUGACAUAGACAAACUACUCUCUAACUACGCCUGCAAGGCCCUGGACUUCCCCUACGCACCCACGGAGAGGUCUCGUUCUGAUUCUGUGAUCAGUCUCCAGGAUGACCAUUGUCCUGCCCAGGACAGCUGUCCCUCUACCCCCUCUAGGAUGGCGACACCUCCACCUACUGCAGGUAGUACCUCCGUGCACACCUCGUCCUCCAGCAGUUCCCUGGACAGAGGGUCGACCGGCAGGAGAAUCCAGCGCUCCCCGGAUCAGUUCCAACCCCCAGACAGAGCCCCGGUUCGUAAGGACUGGGUCCCAGACAAUCAGCAGCAUGUCUGCAUGGUCUGCCAGCGAGAACGCUUCACCAUGUUCAACAGGCGUCACCACUGCAGGAGGUGUGGUCGUCUGGUGUGUCAUGCCUGCUCCGACCACAAGAUGGCGGUAGAGGGCUGCACCGAGGAGGAGAAGAGAGUGCGCGUGUGUGACCAGUGUUACAGCUACUUCCAUCCAGAUUCUGAUGACACGCUGGAACAAGCUGAAGUUGCAGGUAGUCCUAUAUCUACAGAGGGAGUGUUAGAUUCAAUGCUUCACCUGCCAGAGGUCACUCACCGUCAGUUUCACCUCAGCACCAACCCUACAGACAACCUGCAACUACAGACAGAGUUCUACUAUGAACAGGCUCCCAGUGCGUCUCUAUGUGUGGCCAUCCUGUCCCUCCAUAGUGACCAGACAGCCUGUGGACACCAGCUAAUUGGACACUGCCGCUCACUGUCCCGUAAACUAACCAAUCCCGAGGUGGACGCCCGCCUCCUCACCGACGUCAUGCGCCAGCUUCUGUUCAGCGCCAAACUGAUGUUCGUCAAGGUGGGCCGCAGCCAGGACCUGGCCCUGUGUGACAGCUACAUCAGUAAAGUCGACGUCCUGAAGAUCCUGGUAACGGCCAACUACAAGUACAUCCCUUCGCUGGAUGACAUCCUGGAGACGGCUGCUGUCACACGGCUACGCAACCAGCUAGUGGAGGCAGAAUACUACCAGCUAGCUGUGGAGGUGUCCACUAAGAGUGGUCUGGACCCAGGUGGUGUGUGGCAGGCGUGGGGAAUGUCCUCCCUCAAGGCAGGGAACUUAACCGUUGCUAGGGAGAAGUUAUGUCGCUGUCUGAAAGCUCCGGUGGACAGAAACCAGCUCAACCUGGGUCCUCGGCUGCUGCAGGACAUCGUUUCUCAUCUGGAGAGCACCGUCAGACCCACUCUGGCCAUGGUGAGAGACAAAUAG